AUGAAAAAUAAUGAAGAUGAAAAUAGUGUAAGGUCAUUAGGAUGUAGUGCAUUAAUGGAAUUAUUAAAUAACAAUGAGUUGUAUGAGAAUAAUGAAGAGAGUUGUGAUGUAAGUAGUAGUAAUAAAAAUUAUGUAAAAGAAAUAAAUUUAUUUGAAAUAAAUAAUAGUCUAGAAAAUGAUUCUAUUGAUAAAAAAAAAAUAUGUUAUUCUACAAAACUGUUAAAUAAAUCAUCAUAUAGUAAAUUAAGUGAAAAAAAAAUUGAUUUAAUUAAUUAUAAUUUAAGUUUUAAUAAUAAUAUAAAGACUGAUUGUUUUAAGAAUACUUAUUUUGAUACAGUUGAUAAAUAUAAUCUUUUUUUAUCAUCGAAAGGGAAAUACAAAUACAAAAAUAAUAAUAAUAAUAAUAAUAAUUAUAAGGAUUAUAAAUGUUUAAUGCCAUACAAUAAUAAGAACGAAAUAAAAAGAGAUAAAAAAAAUAAAAAUAAUAAAAAUAAUAUAAAAAAUAGAAAAAACGUGGAUUUAAAUUUUUUUUCAUCUCAAGAAGAUAUUAACACAUAUACAUCAUUAAGAAAAAAAAAAAAAAGAAACAGCGAAAAUGUAAAAAAUUUAUGUGUACCAAAUAAAGAUGAAAAUAUUUCUGAUAUAGAAGAAAACAAAUUAAAAAAAAGAAAAAGAAUACAGUGUUAUGAGAAAAAUAUAUAUGCAAAUAAUUAUAUGUUCAAUAAUACAUAUGAGAAAAAUAAUAUAAAAUUAUGUAAUUUAUCAAAUAAAAAAAGAACUAGCCAUAAUAUGUUAUGUGAUUAUAUAAAAUCACCUGAUGGUAUAAAAAAUUUUGUUAAUAAAAAUGUGAAAGACAAAAUAUUUAUAAAAAAUGAAGAAUUUGAUAAAAAUCAAAAUGUGGUUGACAUACAAAUAUGUGACAAUGAAAAGAUAAAUAAAAAUAAUAUAAAUAAUAUAAAUAUUAUGAAUAAUAUUUCAACAAAUAAAUAUAAUCAUAUUAUAAAUGAAGAGAACAAAAAGAAAUUAAAAAUAUAUGAUCAGGGGAAAAUAAUUUGUACCCAUUCGAUUGAUGAUAAUAAAAAAUGGAAUGAUAAUAUAAAUAUGGAAAAUAUUAAAUAUAUAGAAAAUAUUAAAUAUAUAGAAAUUGAUAAAUAUGAUAAAUAUGAUAAAUAUGAUAAAAAUGAUAAAUAUGAUAAAAAUGAUAAAUAUGAUAAAAAUGUUGAAGAUUUUGUGUUCCUUGAUUUUAUUCCUAUGACAGAAGAAUAUUUAAAAAUAAAAGAAACAAUAAAUAAUUUCAAAAAUAGAAAAUCACAAGAUAAUAAUACAUUGUGUAAAAAGGAAGAUAAUGUAUAUAUAUAUUCUAUUCCUAAGAGUAAUUUAAAAAUAAAUGCAAUCAAAAAAGAGUAUGAAAAAGAUAUGGAAAAUGAUAUAGAUAAUAAUAAAAAAACAUAUAACAAUUCUGAACAGUCAUAUAUAAAAAGAACAUAUAAGGAUUUGAAAAAAAACAUCUUACGGAAAAACAUAAAAAUUAUUAACUAUGAUUAUGAAAAAAAUUUAUGUUACAUAUUGAUAAGAAAAAAUUCUACUUCGUAA